AUGGCCCGGAAAACCAAAGCCACGAUCGCUUUCUUGUCAACUUUAAUCAUCUAUGUCUCCCUCAAUAGUCUGGCCCAUACCAUCAACCCCUCUGCUUUUGUCUGGUCCUCCGAAGACAGAGAAGAGACGCCGUGGAUUGCGUCUUCGCACUCAUGGCUGGACCGCAAAGCCUGUCGCUGGUUAGGUUUAUGCGGUACAGCUCAUGUCCAGCCCGUCCAGACCCGCUUCGGUCACCGCAAGAUCUCCGCCGAAGCCCAAAUUCUGCCAGACAGCGGACAACCAAAAGCAGAAAAGUCCGAACAAAAUGGGCCCUGGCAGACCGCUUGGUCCAGUGGACCGGAUCUGUCGAAUCAAUGGGACGAUGCCGAACGGGCGCGUCGGCAGAUUCCGGCCUACGUCUUUGAGUAUGCGCCGCUGGUCCACCUGUUUUCGGGGGAACAAUAUUGGCCCAGCGAUAUCGCGGAGCAUUUGUUUCAUGUUACUCCGACGCUGAACUAUACUCCGAUUCAGUCGCAGGCCAAGCAUGCGACUUUGCGCGAUUUGGAUCAGUUGAAUCGGUGGCAGCAGAACGGACAUGUUUUCUUGACUAGCAAUGAUAAUGUCGAGGACCGUCCGCCGUGGAUGGAGGGAGCGCACAACAUUCCCGAUCAAUCUGCUGCUAAGGAAGAGUCCUGGGCCGAUUGGGAUGGUCGCAUCGACGGCGACAUUCCUGGCGAGGAAGACCGGGCACAAUGGUUCGACACUAGUGACAUUCGCGAAGAUGAACCAUGCGAGGAGGGAGGCGAAGAGGAAGACGUGUUUAUCCAGAGUGAUCUUGCCAAUGCACUGGCCGAUAUGGACCCCGAACAUCUCUUUGGCGAGGGCAGUGAGCUCGAGGAGGAACUCCGCAAACGAUAUGGCGGGCAACGCAUCCAUGUCGAGAAGACCGGAGGCCGCAGCAAUGCGCCGGCGGUUCUGCUAGUCAUCGACAAGGGCAAUGGCAUCGUCGACGCCUUUUGGUUUUACUUUUACAGCUUUAACCUAGGCAAUGUCGUGUUCGAUGUCCGUUUUGGCAAUCACAUCGGGGAUUGGGAGCACUGUCUUGUUCGGUUCCACAAUGGCAAGCCCAAGGCGCUCUUUUUCAGUGCUCAUUCGGCCGGCGAGGCGUACAGCUACGAAGCGGUCGAGAAGAUCGGACGUCGGCCCGUCAUCUACUCCGCAAUGGGAACCCACGCCAUGUACGCCACCCCAGGAGUCCACUCCUACGUCCUCCCCUGGGGUCUGUUGCACGACCAAACCGAUCGCGGCCCCCUCUGGGACCCCCUCCUCAACGCCCACACCUACACCUACUCCCCAACAAACGACACCCUCCUCGCCUCGACCGCCAACCCCUCUGCACCCACAGAAUGGUUCUAUUACGGAGGCCACUGGGGCGACAAGUUCUACCCGCUUGGCGAUUCUCGCCAGUACCGGUUUGCCGGGCAGUAUCAUUACGUGAACGGACCGCUGGGGCCACGUUUUAAACACCUCAACCGGCAUAAGGUGUGUCAGGGUCCUGAUAAGGCACCGUGUGUGGUGAAGGAUUGGAUUUACGAGGCGAAGGGGGCGAAGAGGUGGGUGAGUUGA